GGCCGGCCUCGCCCAGCCUGGGGGCUCUGCCUGGCAGCCCCGUCCCCCAGGAGCUGGGAUGCAGCAGGGCGGGAGCCUGUCCCUGAGCUUCCUGCCCCCCCAGCAGGUGGUGCUCCACGGGCGGGGCCGGGAUCUCGUCACCUUCGUCACCGUGGCCUCAUCCCACAUGAUGCGGACGCUGCAGAGACCCCACAAGAGCCGCCCCAGCAAGCGGCGGGUGAACCACCGCCGGUUCCUGCACAACCAGAUCAGCAGGCGAUUCGCUGACAUUGAAGCCUCGACACACCGCCUGGCCUCCUCCAUCCUGGCCCAGGAGGUCCCAAGGGACCCCGCGCCCCUCACAGCACCCCGGUGUCCAGACCCAGAGCCUCCCGCCCCAGCUGCCAGCUCCUUCCUGGGAGUGGCCGAGGCCUUUGUGGCCCCAGAACCAGGGCCUGGCUGGGGCCUGAGCGUGGCCUCCCUGACCCCUGACCCCAGCGAUCUCUUUGACCCCAUCACCGGCCCAGAAGAUCCAGGGCUGCCCCCCAGCUGGGCCCCAAUUACCCACAGCUCCCUGGGGCCUAGCCAAUGUCCCCUGCCCUGGGACCUCCUGCCCACCCUGGGCUUGGACAGUGCCCCACUCUGGGCCCCAGAUCCCCCUGGCUACCUGCCCCCCAUCUCCCAGGGGUACCCUGUCGGAGUGGUGCCAGAGGGGUGGUAACCACAGCAACCCCCUUCCCCCAGCCGCAAGCUCCUCCCCCAUCCCCACCCCUCCCCCUCUGCGGGAAGUGGGGGACCCCACCUGGCAGGCACCCCACAAGCGGAUGCAGCAAGAAGACCUUGAUGGGGCAUGCUGGGCGCUGAGCUGACAGAUGGUGGGGGACAUUUGGAGACUGCCAGGAUACCCUGAUCUGGGGAGGUCCUCUUGAGUUUGGGGGUACUCCUAAAAUUUGGGGAUGCCACGUUGAUCUGGGGAAAAUCCUCUUGAAUUUCAGUGUGUUGCCUUAAAUUUGGGGGUAUCACCCUGAUCUGGGAUAUCCCCUUGAAUUUUGAGAGUGUCUCCUUAAAUUUUGGGGUGUCAGAGGUAGGGUGUCUCCUGGAUUUGGGAUUCCCACCACGCAUUUGUGGGGGGCGGCUGGCCUUCUGAGGUGGGCACAGUCUGGUUUUGGGGUGUCACUCCUGUUGGGGGGCAUUGUAGAGCUCUCCAGGUUUUGGGGGGAUCUCUGAAGUGACAGAUUUGAGGGGUGCCUCCCAUGUCCCCCCAAUAGUUGCAUGGUGAGGGAGGGGCUCCCUCUUUUUACCUGCCCCCACCUCCCAGAAGCUGAGCCACCCUGG